AUGACAUCUGACUCCCUCAUGCAUGAUAGUGUGAAUGUCACUUUUGGAGAGAAAGAAGAGCCAAUGAUGAUGACUGGGAUGCAUAGUGUGGUUGACAUCUUUUGCGUGGGGUGCGGCUCAGUAGUGGGAUGGAAAUAUGAGGCUGCUAAUGAGAGGACCCAGAAGUACAAGGAAGGGAAAUUUAUUCUUGAGAGGUUUAAGGUGUUGGGUCCCGAUGGAAGCAACUACUCUGUCAGUCAGGAAGCUCAGGUUGGUGGCAGUGAUGCUCAUGAUGCUUGA